UGUUUAUAGUAUUUUACAAAUCACAUUGUGUUCCUUGAUUUACAGAACGUAUUAAAUCUUUAGUGAAACUACUUUCAAUGCCUUCUGCAAAUGUAGCAGUUAAACAUAUUCUACAAAAUAAAAUCUCGCUCAUUUGUAAUAUAGUUUCAAAAUAAUGAGCCUUUGAUAUACAAAUUAUUUCUUGAGUAUUAAAUCCAUAAUGAUCCUGAGUCAGUUGCUCAGUUAAAUAUAAUACAUUAUUAGGUGUAUUUACAAAAUGGUUAUUAGUAUUCAUAAUUUUCCUUCAUCACGAGUGUUAACAGUAACAUUCAAAUAACAAUUUGUGCACAAUACAUUAUAUAGAACAGGUUUACGCAUAUGGUUAUAAUGUCUACGAUAGUAAUUGUGUGGUUGAUUAAGUGAUAAUAAUUUAUAAUUUACAUUAACAAUUUUAAUUCUAUAUCGUAAUUUACACAUUGUAUCAAAUCGUGUCCACAUUAUUAAAUCUUUAUGUUUUAAAGAACAAAUUCAUAUAAAAUGAUCAUAUCUUCUAAAAGGGAUAGCACUCCAAUUAAAAUGUCUUUCAAAUUCUUCAUUCCUAGUAAAUAAUUUAUAAGUACCAUGGACCUUGCCGUUGGUGGGGAGGCUUGCGUGCCUCAGCGAUACAGAUAGCUGUACCGUAGGUACAACCACAAUGGAGGGGUAUCUGUUGAGAGGCCAGACAAACAUGUGGUUCCUGAAGAGGGGCAGCAGCCUUUUCAGUAGUUGCAAGGGCAACAGUCUGGAUGAUUGACUGAUCUGGCCUUGUAACAAUAACAAAUACGGCCUUGCUGUGCUGGUACUGCGAAUGGCUGAAAGCAAGGGGAAACUACGGCCGUAAUUUUUCCCGAGGGCAUGCAGCUUUACUGUAUGAUUAAAUGAUGAUGGCGUCCUCUUGGGUAAAAUAUUCCGGAGGUAAAAUAGUCCCCCAUUCGGAUGUCCGGGCGGGGACUACUCAAGAGGAUGUCAUUAUCAGGAGAAAGAAAACUGGUGUUCUACGAAUCGGAGCGUGUAAUGUCAGAUCCCUUAAUCGGGCAGGUAGGUUAGAAAAUUUGAAAAGGGAAAUGGAUAGGUUAAAGUUAGAUAUAGUGGGAAUUAGUGAAGUUCGGUGGCAGGAGGAACAAGACUUCUGGUCAGGUGACUACAGGGUUAUAAACACAAAGUCUAAUAGGGGUAAUGCAGGAGUAGGUUUAAUAAUGAAUAGGAAAAUAGGAAUGCGGGUAAGCUACUAUAAACAGCAUAGUGAACGCAUUAUUGUGGCCAAGAUAGAUACGAAGCCCACACCUACUACAGUAGUACAAGUUUAUAUGCCAACUAGCUCUGCAGAUGACGAAGAAAUUGAAGAAAUGUAUGAUGAAAUAAAAGAAAUUAUUCAGAUAGUGAAGGGAGACGAAAAUUUGAUAGUCAUGGGUGACUGGAAUUCGAGUGUAGGAAAAGGGAGAGAAGGAAACAUAGUAGGUGAAUAUGGAUUGGGACUAAGAAAUGAAAGAGGAAGCCGCCUGGUAGAAUUUUGCACAGAGCACAACAUAAUCAUAGCUAACACUUGGUUUAAGAAUCAUGAUAGAAGGUUGUAUACAUGGAAGAACCCUGGAGAUACUAAAAGGUAUCAGAUAGAUUAUAUAAUGGUAAGACAGAGAUUUAGGAACCAGGUUUUAAAUUGUAAGACAUUUCCAGGGGCAGAUGUGGACUCUGACCACAAUCUAUUGGUUAUGACCUGUAGAUUAAAACUGAAGAAACUGCAAAAAGGUGGGAAUUUAAGGAGAUGGGACCUGGAUAAACUGAAAGAACCAGAGGUUGUGCAGAGUUUCAGGGAGAGCAUAAGGGAACAAUUGACAGGAAUGGGGGAAAGAAAUACAGUAGAAGAAGAGUGGGUAGCUUUGAGGGAUGAAGUAGUGAAGGCAGCAGAGGAUCAAGUAGGUAAAAAGACGAGGGCUAGUAGAAAUCCUUGGGUAACAGAAGAAAUAUUGAAUUUAAUUGAUGAAAGGAGAAAAUAUAAAAAUGCAGUAAAUGAAGCAGGCAGAAAGGAAUACAAACGUCUCAAAAAUGAGAUCGACAGGAAGUGCAAAAUGGCUAAGCAGGGAUGGAUAGAGGACAAAUGUAAGGAUGUAGAGGCUUAUCUCACUAGGGGUAAGAUAGAUACUGCCUACAGGAAAAUUAAAGAGACCUUUGGAGAUAAGAGAACCACUUGUAUGAACAUCAAGAGUUCAGAUCGAAACCCAGUUCUAAGCAAAGAAGGGAAAGCAGAAAGGUGGAAGGAGUAUAUAGAGGGUCUAUACAAGGGCGAUGUUCUUGAGGACAAUAUUAUGGAAAUGGAAGAGGAUGUAGAUGAAGAUGAAAUGGGAGAUACGAUACUGUGUGAAGAGUUUGACAGAGCACUGAAAGACCUGAGUUGAAACAAGGCCCCCGGAGUAGACAACAUUCCAUUGGAACUACUGACGGCCUUGGGAGAGCCAGUCCUGACAAAACUCUACCAUCUGGUGAGUUAGAUGUAUGAAACAGGCGAAAUACCCUCAGACUUCAAGAAGAAUAUAAUAAUUCCAAUCCCAAAGAAAGCAGGUGUUGACAGAUGUGAGAAUUACCGAACAAUCAGCUUAAUAAGCCACAGCUGCAAAAUACUAACACGAAUUCUUUACAGACGAAUGGAAAAACUAGUAGAAGCCGACCUCGGGGGAAGAUCAGUUUGGAUUCCGUAGAAAUACUGGAACACAUGAGGCAAUACUGACCUUAUGACUUAUCUUAGAAGAAAGAUUAAGGAAAGGCAAACCUACGUUUCUAGCAUUUGUAGACUUAGAGAAAGCUUUUGACAAUGUUGACUGGAAUACUCUCUUUCAAAUUCUAAAGGUGGCAGGGGUAAAAUACAGGGAGCGAAAGGCUAUUUACAAUUUGUACAGAAAGCAGAUGGCAGUUAUAAGAGUUGAGGGACAUGAAAGGGAAGCAGUGGUUGGGAAGGGAGUAAGACAGGGUUGUAGCCUCUCCCCAAUGUUAUUCAAUCUGUAUAUUGAGCAAGCAGUAAAGGAAACCAAAGAAAAAUUCGGAGUAGGUAUUAAAAUCCAUGGAGAAGAAAUAAAAACUUUGAGGUUCGCCGAUGACAUUGUAAUUCUGUCAGAGACAGCAAAGGACUUGGAAAAGCAGUUGAACGGAAUGGAUGGUGUCUUGAAGGGUGGAUAUAAGAUGAACAUCAACAAAAGCAAAACGAGGAUAAUGGAAUGUAGUCGAAUUAAGUCGGGUGAUGUUGAGGGUAUUAGAUUAGGAAAUGAGACACUUAAAGUAGUAAAGGAGUUUUGCUAUUUAGGGAGCAAAAUAACAGAUGAUGGUUGAAGUAGAGAGGAUAUAAA